AUGUCGGGAUGGGGAAGAAGUAGAGGAAUUGGUAGAGAAGAAGAAGUAGAAGAAUUGGACGAAGAAGAGGAAGAGGAAGAGGAACCAAUUGUCAGAGUGUCGGAAACAUACAGAUUGAUUCCUGGGGUUCAUAACCGAUCGAGGAUAUAUGUUGACAACUUGGGAUUCAAGUAUUACAAACGAGAAACUCGUGGACAACGCGUGUAUUUAGUAUGCGAACGGCAGAAGCAACGGAACCAGUACUGCCCUGCCACUGCAACUGUUAGUGCAAAUUUGAACGACAACAGAAUUCGUCUAGGGUACUACCACGACCAUCAGCCCAGAGUGAUCGACCUGAAUGUGCCGUUUUUGAGGGAAACCAUAGGUGAAAGAGGAAUUGAUCCAGCAGUUGCAACCUCAUUUAUGAAAACUUUGUGCAACAACGAAAUUAUCAAGUGAGUCGUAUUCAAA